AUGGAGUCAAAUCCACCCCACGGCAAGCCCGACAUUGAUGUCGAGGCCAAUGAUGAUACUGUCAGAGAUGAUAGUGAUCGCACUGGACGUAUGCGCAUUACUUUCGAAGAUUCAUCGGCCACCGAUGUGGAAGGAAUGCGCUCUAUCUACCAGCCGAGCCAGCAGCUUGGACGUACCCGUUCCCUGAGUCGGGAUACUAUCCACAGCAACCGCAGUGGUGUCCAGUCUACAACUUCGCCAAAUGCUGGUAUUCCAAUUGAAUUCCGCACACUCUCCAUUCAGAUUUCGGAAUCUCAAACUCGUCCUAAGGAGAUUAUCGCCGAUCCGCCCAGGGAAAAGCUCCCCAACCAAGAUUACUUUGAAACCCUGGACUUCCAUACAAUCCCCCAAGAUAAAGUCCUCCAGGAGUUCAACGUUGAUCCGCGAUUCGGUCUGAGCGCGGAGUCUGCAGCAACUCGUCUGCAACGAGAUGGUCGCAAUGUCAUCGCGCACCAUCGCGAGAAUUAUUUCAAAAAGAUCUUUUUCUAUGUGUUUGGUGGCUUCUGCUCUGUUCUAUGGGUUGGUGUGGUUAUUUUCUUCAUCUGCUGGAAACCGCUCAGCAACCCGCCUUCUCCUACCAAUCUCGCUAUGGCUAUCUUGAUUAUUAUCGUCAUCACACUGCAGGCCAGUUUCUCGGCAUUUCAAGAUUGGUCGACGAAACGAGUCAUGAAUUCUAUCUUGAGUCUACUCCCCUCGGAAGCUCUUGUCUUGCGCGAUGGAAAACAGAUUCGUCUACCUGCCACUGAGCUGGUAACUGGUGACAUCGUCCAGAUCAGCGUGGGAAACAAGGUGCCGGCUGACAUGCGACUUCUCACAACCUCUGGGGAUGUGCGAUUUGAUCGUGCAAUCCUCACUGGCGAGUCUGAUGAGAUUGAUGGCGCUACCGACUCUACCGAUGCGAACUUCCUUGAAACUCGCAAUAUCGCUAUGAUGGGAACUCUGGUCACCAACGGCAAUGCUACUGGUGUUGUGGUGCUUACUGGUGCUAGCUCGGUCAUGGGUCGUAUUGCCAAAAUGACUGCCGGUGUCAAGCAGAAGCCCACUCUGAUCCAGAAGGAAAUCAAUCGUUUUGUCACCAUCAUUGUUGUAAUGACUGUCAUUCUCGCCUUGCUUAUCCUGUUUACUUGGCUUGGAUGGCUGCGCAAGGACCACCCGGGCUAUAUGAGCGUUGUGGCUAUGCUGAACAACGUUAUGGGAUGUGUGGUCGCCUUUAUUCCAGAAGGUGUCCCUGUUGGUGUUGCUCUGACGCUGAUGAUGAUUGCCCGUCGCAUGAAGCAGACAAACAUUCUCCCUAAGGGAUUGGCGACUGUUGAGACCUUGGGAUGUGUGAAUGUGAUCUGCUCGGACAAGACUGGAACACUCACACAGAACCGCAUGUUUGUGAAGUCACUCGGCAUGGUUGACUGGGAGUAUAGCAUUGAGGAUUUGGUUCCUGGCAUGGAGUCUUCCGACGGCCUGCGCACUCUUCUCCGUGCAUCUGUCCUUUGCAAUGAUGCUACAUUUGACCCGGAGACCCUGUGCCUGCCUAUCCAUGAGCGUUCCGUCAAUGGCAAUGCCACUGAUGCCGCGGUGCUACGACUUGCUGACAGCGUUGGUGCUGCCUCUCCAAAGAACCUCGAGCCUUAUGAGCGUGUGCACCAGAUUCCCUUCAACUCCAAGAACAAGUGGAUGCUCACCAUGCACGAAGACCCUGAUCUCUCCAGCGGAUAUAUGAUUUAUGUCAAGGGUGCUCCAGAUGUUCUUCUGGAUCGCUGUUCCACCUACUGGUCCGCCGUUGACAAUGCAAUUCGUCCUCUGGAUACCCACGCCCGCCAAAAGCUUUCUGACUUCCAGGCCAAGCUUUCCCGUCGCGCCGAGCGUGUGAUUAUUCUCUGCCAGCGCCGCUACGUCCCAACUCACCCCCUUGGGUCCAACGGUUUCAGCGAUGAGAUUUUGGAAUCAGGAGCACAGGAUCUCACUGUUCUUGGAAUUUUCGGUAUCAUCGAUCCGCCACGACCAGAGACAGCCCAGACUGUCGCAGCAUGCAGACGUGCAGGAAUCCGCUUUUUCAUGGUCACUGGUGACUUCGGGUUAACUGCUGCGGCAAUUGCUCGUGACAUUGGCAUCUAUGAUGGCGAGAAUGAGCCAGACAAUAUCGAAGAUCUUCGCGAUGGCUUCUGCUCUGACAAGUCACAACGUUCCCGUCGUAGCCUGCUUCUCGAGGGUGGCAGUCUCUCCUCAUUGACGCAGGAAGAGUGGUCUAUUGUUUGUGACUAUGAAGAAAUUGUCUUCGCUCGUACCAGUCCCGAGCAGAAGCUGCGCAUUGUAUCUGAGCUCCAAGCCAAGGGUAACUAUGUCGCUGUUACAGGAGAUGGAGUCAACGAUGCCCCUGCUCUCCGUGCUGCCGAUGUGGGUGUAGCCAUUGGCUCUGGUAGUGACGUUGCCAUCGAAGCCGCCGACCUGGUCCUCCUUGAUCGAUUCGAUUCCAUCGUCGAAGCUAUUCGUCUUGGUCGUCUUGUCUUUCAGAACCUUCAAAAGGUCAUCGCUUAUCUGCUCCCUGCUGGUAGUUGGUCUGAGAUCUGGCCUGUGAUCAUGAACGUGUUCUUCGGUUGUCCUUCCCCCCUUAGCUCCUUCCUGAUGAUCAUCAUCUGUGUGUUCACCGAUCUUUUCCUUUCUCUUUCCCUCAUUAUGGAGAAAGAAGAGUUCGACUUGCUCAGUAUCCCUCCUCGCAAUCCUCGCAAGGACCACCUUAUCAACCUCCGCAUCUAUGGCCAGUCGUACCUCUUCGUCGGUGUGAUGGAAACAUUCAGUGCCCAUGCCAUGUUCUUUGUGUACAUGUGGAAGGCCGCUGGAAUCCCAUUCCACGAUCUAAUCUUCGCAUUCGAGAAAUACACCGACGGAUUCCACGGAUACACUACUGAAGAGCUGAACCACUUCAACUACGUUGGUCAAUGCGUUUACUUUGUCACAUUGGUGAUCAUGCAAUGGGGCAACAUUCUUUCCGUGCGCAGUAAGCGCAUGUCCCUUCUCCAGGCUGAUCCCAUUCGUCCUGCUCGUCGCAAUCCCUGGCUUCCACUCGCUAUGCUGGUUUCUCUUGUCAUUGCUAUCUUCGUGACUGAGGUCCCUGGUAUCCAGAAUCUGUUUGAAACUGCUUCUGUGCCUAUUGAGUAUUGGUUUAUUCCUCUUGGUCUGGCACUUGGUGUCCUUGUUAUGGAUGAGCUGCGCAAGGUGCUUGUUAGAUUGUUCCCUAAGGGACCGGUUGCUUGGGUUUCUUGGUAA